UGUAAUCAUAAUAAUGCAUUCAAAUGCUAAAUAAGGUUGAUUUAAAUACGGGAUAUGUUCUUUUAUACAACUUGUAGUUUGAAAUAAACCCCACGAAACGAUUGAAAAUGGAGCGACUGUGGACCAAAUUAAAACAGUUUUUGCCAACUAUGCGUCUUUCUGAAGCGAGAAGUUCUGAUGAGUUGAAACCCAAACAAAGUAUGAAGGUCGAAGUCAAAUACCAACAUAUUUCAGAUGCCGAAGAGGAAGCCGUGAAUUUGAAAGAUCAUCUUUUCAAAUCUCGCUCAAUCGACGAGAUUCUGGAUCAUGUAGGAUUGAGGCUUCUUCAUUGGAAAGUCUUGACGUUUCUUUGUCUCCUAGUUAUGACAUGUGGUCUGGGAACAGCCAUAUUACCCGCUAUACUUCCCAGUUUGAAAUCAGACUGGAAUAUCUCUUCAAUUAUGGCUGGGGUAUUGACAAUCUCUACAUCAGCCGGAAAAAUCGUUGGGACACCGUUUUGGGGUUGGGUAUCGGACAAAUACGGUAGAAAGCCUUCAGUUAUUGGCGGUGCGGCGUUCAUAUUUGUUUUCUCAUGUGUGAGCGCGUUUUCAACAAACUAUUACUGGCUUUGGAUAAACCUUUUCUUCGUUGGCUAUGGACUGACUAUAGUAUUUCAGACUUAUGUCACGAUAGUCGAAUUAUUUCCUACAAGAUACCGUUCUAUGUUUUCUGUAUUAAUCGCUGUCUUCUGGCCUCUGGGAUUUCUACUUUCGGCUGUUGUUUCAAUGGAGCUUUCGGUGAUCGGUUAUCAUUGGGCUCUGGCCACCGUGUGUUUUCCGAGCGCAGUUGUCCUUAUCGCUAGUAUUGUAUUUCUUCCGGAAUCACCACAUUUUUACCUUGCAGCCGGAGACGAGAAGAAAGCUUUAAACAUUUUACAAGAUUUGGCGCCUGAAAUGGAUUUUAGCGACACAAUAAUUGGGAAACACGGUCCCAAUAUACAGAGGGCAGAUUUUACACAACUAUUUCGCUCAGGUCAUUGGAAAAUCACAACAUGCGCCUUAAUUGUGUCUUUUAGCAUAUUCCUAUCGCAUUAUGACUUGAUAUACACCUCGUCUGACGUGGCAGGCAGUCAAAAUUAUACAUCUACGACAACUGGUUUGCAACACGAGGAUAUAACAAGCAGCCACAUGUAUGCCAUUAUGGCCUGGAUGAAUUUGCCAGAAGUUGUGCUUAUUAUCGCAGCCGCUAUGAGUUGUUACGUUUUCGCAGUUAAAACAAUACUUUUAACAGUUGUGUCGUUGACACUCUUAUUACAGAUCUUUGCAUUGUUCGUCGUAAACCGAAAAAUUCCAUUACUCAUAAUCACAAUGUUAUCUCGUGGCCUUCUUGCAACUUGCGCAUCACUCCUGAACGUAUUUGUAUCUCUGGUUUACCCGACAGAAAUUCGUAGCGUUGGUUUGGGCACUUGUGUCUUUGCUGGUCGUAUCGGAAUUCUCCUAGGACCAUUCAUCUUUGAGACAUGGUUCGCCAAAAAGUAUUUUUAUGGAACAGUUUUGAACGUGGCAAUAAUAUUCGCCUUAUUUAUAGCAACUGUCUUGCUGCCGACGCGUAACGCUACCCUAAACUAAGUAAAGCACUAAAGACAUUGUUACACGGACAAAAUAAUAUAUUUUAUUUUGUUGUAACAGAUUUUCUACAAAUCCGUAAUAUUUGCUAAUUUGAUCGAAUAAAACCAGUGUUUGUUAACCAAUCCAAAACAUUCUCAAAAUCCGAAUUAAUAUAAUUUGCAAACUCUACUGAGUCUUAA